CCUUCUAUACCAUAAUCCCGUGUGGGUGCCCUUCGGGCUUGAGCUUCAGCACCAAUUUCUGAGCACACCGUAAGCAUCCAUCAUCGCCAUUGGGGUGGCAGAGUUUGCGGGGAGAGUCAACGCGAAAAUGGAUCUGGUGGUGGGAGCCUCGCAAUCCACCGUGAAGUCUCUGGUGAGCAAGCUGGGCAGCCUGCUAGCCCAGGAGUACGCGCUGAUCCGGGGCGUCCGCGGCGACAUCCAGUACAUCAACGACGAGCUCUGCAGCAUGCAGGCCUUCCUCACCAACCUCGGCACCGGCGACGAGGACCACGACGCCCAGAUCCAGGACUGGGCCAAGCAGAUCCGCGACAUCGCCUACGACAUCGAGGACUGCGUCGACGACUUCGCCCACCGGCUUCCCGACGACCCUGGCGGCGGCGGCGGCGGCUGCUGCUGCUGCUCCUCCGUCAACGUGUGGGUCCACGGCAUCCUGACGUGGUAUCCUCGACGCGAGAUCGCCGUGAAGAUCGCCGAGCUCAAGAGCCGGGCCGAGCACGUGGGCACACGGCGUGCCAGGUACGGCGUCCGCGACCCGGAUCCGAGCAAGGUCGCGGGGAGAUCUGCCGGCGAGGCCGCAUAUCUCGCCGCCGAGAACCAGGUGUCAGGCUAUCAGCUUGUGGGCGUGAAGGAACCCGUGGGCAUGGCUGAAGCCAUCAGCGAUCUCGAGCGCUGGGUGAAAGAUCCCAACAAGGCGAGGCGCGUGCUGGCCCUCGUCGGAUUCGGUGGCGUGGGCAAGACCACCAUCGCCAUGGCGCUGUACCGCAAAUUUGGGGGUCAGUUCGAGCACCGGGCGGUGGUCACCGUGUCUCAGAAAUUCGACCUCGCCGCUGUGCUUCAGAGCAUACUGAGCCAAGUCAUGCCGCAGGUGGCCGUCAAAGAGGAGCAAGGCAGAAGGCCGGCCAAAACUGGAACUCUUGAGAAUCAACUCCAGAAAGAGCUGCAGCGGCAUCUGAAAGGAAAGAGGUACUUCCUCGUAUUUGACGAUAUAUGGUCAGCGUCAGCGUGGGAGAUAGUUCGAAAUUGUUUACCGGCUGAUGAAGUUGGCAGUAUCAUUGCUGUCACUACCCGAUUUCAAGCUGUUGCUAGGACAUGUGCCCGUGACAAGAAAAACGACCUUCUCCAUCAGGUUGAUCAUCUCCCUGACGAAGAAAGCAAAGCUCUAUUUCAAGAAAGUGUGUCCGAAUCCAAAGACAUCAAAGAUGGUCGUAAAGACCUGAUGGACACUCCGAUAGAUUUGGAACUAUGCAAUGGUCUACCUCUGGCCAUAGUUACCCUUGCUGGUCUGGUGGCAUGCAAACGGAAGGAAUUUGGCGAACUGUGGGAAGAGAUACAUAAAUCCCUACCCCCAAAGUCAGUUAACUGCCAUACCCCGGAGGGAGUUACAAAGAUACUCAGUUUCUGCUACAAUGAUUUGCCCGGUGAUCUCAAGACUUGCUCCCUGUAUCUGAGUGUAUUUCCAAAGGCAAGCAAAAUUAGCAGAAAGCGGCUGACCCGCCGGUUGAUUGCAGAAGGUUUUGUGAGUGAGAAGCAUGGGCAGAGUAUUGAGGAACUUGCAGAGACAUACUUCAAUCAGCUUAUUAGAAGGAAAAUAGUACGAGCUGUGGAGCACAGCAGCAAUGGGAAAGUGAAGACCUGCCAAGUUCAUGACAUGGUUCUUGAGUAUAUCAUAUCCAAGUCAAGUGAAGAGAAUUUCAUCACUGUGGUUGGUGGGCACUGGCUGAUGCCAACACCAAGGAACAAGGUCCGGAGGCUAUCCUUGCACAACAGCGAUGUCAAGCACGUGAAAGAUACAAUUGGCAAAAUCAACUUGUCUCAUGUGCGAUCAGUGACCGUGUUCGGGAGCUUGAACCAGUUGUCUUCCCUCUCUUUCAAGUUUGGAAUAGUGCAAGUGCUUGAUCUUCAAGGCUGCAAGGGCUUCAAGAAGCAUCAUGUGAAAGCCAUAUCCAAAAUGCUGCUUGUGAAGUUCUUGAACCUCCGGAGGACAGACAUUAAAGAGCUUCCUUCCAAAAUUGGAAGGCUCAAGCAUUUGGAAACUCUCGACAUACGGGAGACAAAUGUCAGAGAACUGCCUGAUUCUAUUGUCCAGCUUGAGAAGAUAAGUGACAUACUUGGGGGAAACAAACACACACGAGAAACACUCAAGUUGCCUCAAGAAAUUGGGAAGAAGCCAAUGAAAUCCCUCCGUAUACUUUCAGGGAUUGAGAUUGUUGGAGGAUCUAGUGGUAUGCCGGACCUCCAUGAGUACACCGGGUUGAAGAAGCUUACCAUUUACAAGCUCAACAUCCAAGAGAAGGAUCCAAGCUUCAAAACAUUUGUUUCCUCCAUCGAAUACCUUGGUGGCUGCUCACUCAAGACUCUUUCCAUUGAUGAUGAGGCCUCAGACUGGCUCAACUCACUAGAUUCUCUGACUUCACCUCCCAAGUACCUCACCGGGCUUGAGCUGCACGGCAUGCUGACCAAAUUUCCCCAGUGGAUCCAGCAACUGAGCGACCUCAGCAAGUUAACUCUUUCCAUGACAGUCCUCCGGACUGACACUCUCGAGCUUCUGAGCAAGCUACCAUCGUUGUUUUCUCUCACCUUCUCCUUCAGUGCAGCAAAGGAGGUUCCAUACUUGGGUGACAUCCUUCACAAGAACAAAUCUGACUCUGAAGGUGAGAUCGUCGUCCCAGAUGGAGGAUUCGAGGCCCUAAAGCUGCUCCGCUUCGCCACGCCUGUCCUGCCCCUGCUGAUCUUCUCAGAGAAGGCCAUGCCGGUGGUCGGGCGGCUUGAGAUGAGUUUCAAGGUGCUGGAAAGUGUCUUCGGCAUGGACAACCUUGCCGGACUCCAGGAGGUGCAUCUGCGGGUGAGCGACAAGGCUAGUAAAUUCACCAGGUCGACGCUAGCUCGCCUGGUAAAGCAGGCAAGGAAGUUCGCCAAGGCGCCCAGGGUAGUAGUUGAUGAAUACUACGACGGAUUCAAAUAAGUAAAUAAAAUUGUACCAACCUGACUGUAUUAGUGUUGUGUUCUUCCACGAGCAUUUAUUUGAUCGUUCACCGACAAUUCCGUUCUGCUUGUACCAGUCUGACUGAAUGACGACGAUGAUUUACGAUUCCUUGUUUGAUCGCAUUUUAAUUG